UGUUUUUUUAAAAAAAGGAGAAUUCACGCGAAGCCCCCAGCUGGAUGCCUGGAAUCUGGAUCAGUCCAAAAGUUCUGGUGGUGCGAGAGUUGGAAGAUAAAAAAAAAAACCGAGUGGUCGGAGCGACCCGGCGACGGCGGCGGCGGAGUUCAGAAGAUGGGACGACUGUUUGUGGUGGAACUGGAUGGCAGGUGUUACCGCUGCAGAUUCUGCGACACCCCUCUUGCUCUUGCCGACGACGUUAUCUCCCGGACGUUCAAUUGUAGACAAGGGAGGGCGUACAUGUUCAGCAAUGUAGUGAAUGUAACAGUCGGAAUGGCUGAGGAAAGGGUGAUGCUUUCGGGUACCCAUACAGUGGAAGACGUCUUCUGCUGCCGCUGUGGAGAAAUUCUCGGGUGGACUUAUGUAGCUGCGCAUGAUAAGAACCAGAAGUACAAGGAAGGGAAGUUUGUUCUUGAGAGGUGGAGAAUAGCCGAGGAGGUAAUGGAGGAAUUGAGUCUCGAUGGUGGUCGUGGUGGUUCCAGCGAUCCGGAAAACUCAUGAGGUAAUUAGUCGGCUAUGCUGCAGAAUCCAGUAACCUCUCAUAACAACUAGUGUCUGGUAGUAGUAUAGAAAGUUUUGUUAACAAUCAUGCUUCCUGCCGACAUACAAGUUCUUCCCCUUAAGAUGUUGUAUGUUAAGCUCUCCUGUUUGUUUAAACAGUUGGGUUCUAGGGCCAGCCGCUACUCUGUGCAGCCAUCAUCUUACCCUUGAAAACCCUAAUAAGUUAGUGGAAAUGGUCAGUAGAAGUAGGAUGAUACAACAAUCUAAACUUAUGAAACCACAUUCCGGCAUCAGCAGCAUCAGUAUAACUUCUCUUUUCGGUUUUGAAUGUUCCUUUCCUUUUGGGGUUCUUACUGUAAUCCUCAAUCGAGAGAGUUCCCUUAUCAUCCCUUCAUGCUCGAGGUCUCAGCUUAAUCGAACAUUGAGAAUGGUCCCGAAGCAAGGAGCGAAACUGCUUG